CUCGCGGAUUGGCAUAUUAUCAAACCUUUGCCCCGACAAUGACUUUACAAUAAAAUCCUAUUUUUUUAAUAGGAUCGCACAGUGUGUUUUCAUAAAUAAACCAAUGGACUGUAUUAAAGAGAACAGGCAUAACUCGAAUUGUGACGUACGUUGACAAUAUAAUUUUUUUUGUUAUUAAAUACUUACUAAGUACUUGUUUUUAGAGGUUGAUGUAUAAUAAUUUCAAUCGUCACGCCGGAUCACGCACAGGAAUAAUAUGCAGUUGCAUCGCUUUAUCAUCAUCAUGACAUAUAUAUUUUAUGUCCAAGCAACGAGUGACUUUGUCUUACACAAUAUUAUAAAAACUUAUAAACAAUUAGAAAAAAAUUCAGCAGAUACUACUUAUCACGACCACAUGCAUUUAUUAGAAAGAGAAUUGGAAUCAUUCGAAACUAAAUAUAAUCAAUAUAAAAAUGCUACUCAAAAAAUUACCGAAGAGUUAGAAUAUGAGCAAUGGUCUUCUAAUUUAUUUUUAAAUAAUAUUGAUUUGGAAAACAACAAAAUAUUUUUUGCAAAUGGUACUUGUCGGCAUAAUGCAUAUCAAGAUUAUAAAAUUCUCUAUGAAUAUUAUUAUUUGAAUAUAUAUAUUCAUUCUUCAAGGUUGAGACCAUUUUUUAUGAAACUAAACCAACUGUACAACGAAGAAAUACAAUUUAUAAGAUCAUAUCACGACAAAUUCAAGAAAAGUUUGGCAUCAAGUAAAGAGAAACAUGACCAAAAUCUAGAGUAUUUGAAUGAACCCGGUUCAAAGGCUUCAAUCCAUGGCAAACAUAAACUAAUUAAACCAAAAGAUACAGAAAACAACAUUUCGGUUGUCGAUACAGGUAGAUAGUUGUUCGAAUACAACUGAAAAAACCGCUAAAAUGUUACAUUAACUGAAUAUUAUAUUUUCUUGUACUAUACGAUGUAUUAAUUUACAAGGUUAUUAAUUUUACCAGCUUUAAUGUAAUUUUUUUUGAUUCCACAACCUUGAAAUUUGUUUAUAAUUUAUUAUUGUUGCAGAAGUUAGUAUUAUCCACCUCCUAGUCCCCACCUGUGUAAUUAAGUGUUUUUAAAAUACAAUAAGUCUACAAAAAUUUGGUGUAGCAACUAAGAUGAAAAAAAAAUAGAUCAUAAUAUUUUCUUUAGUUUUUAGUCAUUAAUAAUAAUAAUAU